AUGUGGAUUUUUGAACAAUAUCGAAUCAGCAUUCAAGUGGUCCGCAAGAGCGGUUACAGUGAUAUAAUUUUAGUGCGCCAAACUGUUCUAGAAUACGGCAAACUGCUUCUCUCAGCGAAAGCCAUCGAGUUUGAGUUAGAUGGAGGAUUUUAUGAGGCUUUAGAUCUAAGAACUGCUAAAACUCUUUUAGAAUUCCAGUUCCUUCGAGUCUGUUAUGAAAAUAAUUAUAAAUGUCUCGUAUGA